CACAAUCUUUGCGUCUUCACCGCGCCGCCGCCAGAUUGAGCCACGGACCUACUCUACCCUACUCUACCCUACUCUACUCUACUCUACUUUUGCUUCCGACUGCACUUGCUGGACUUGCCAGGCGGGGUCUGGUUGGCGGACACGUUGCUCCCUCCUGUUAUGUACUUGAGAUGGUUGUACGUACUUCACGAUUACGGGAGCCUGCUGCCGUGAUGUGUGUGUAAGAGAGGUUCGCCCUGCCUUUAUGGCACCAGGCACCAGGGCCCCGUGGAAGCCGUUGGAAGACCUCAGCGUGUAAGAUGGACCGACGUCAACCGUGAGCCAUCAUGGGUUACCGCAGCCUUGCUUCUGCAUCACGUCCGUUGUUCGUGCGAAAUGACCCCAGCCCCUAGGUUAUUAGCUAUUGCUGCCAUCGUUUUUAUACAACACUGUAGGACGGCCUCGUCUUUCUUUUUUUUCCUUCUUCUUCUUCUUUCCGAUCUACAUUCUCACCCACGCUCGACUUCCCCGGACACCCCCCUCCACCCACCCACCGAACCCGUUCUGUCCUCCCACCGCUCGCCAUCUGCUCUCCCCGAUACAAAUAUCGAUUGGGCCUGCAAGCAAUAGCCAUAGAUUACUGGACGACAUCCUAUUCUCGCGGCUAUCAAGGGUUGGUCCGAAACGCCGCAGCUUGUUUGAUUGAUCCUGCAUUGGUGGUGAGUUUAGUUCUGGUUCCGGCCUUCCGUUAAACAAUCAUUGUCAGCGGUGG